ACUCAUCUCAGUCGAAUGAAUGGGGAUCUUGUGCCUGUGUGCCCUGCCCCUAGAGGCAGUGUCCCGUCUCAUUAGACCAAUGUUUGCUGAAACCGGACACCUGACACAUUGGAGCCAAAACUCCACUCACUGAAAACUAUUUAAAUGGAAAAAAGGGAUGAGCAUCGGGCUUCCAGCUUGAGACGUUCGAGUCCAAAUCCCCCCUCUGUCGUUUGGACUUUCUUUCUGCGGUCCGAUAUCCCAAACCAGGAUUGGCAUAAAUGAAUAAACUACGUCAUCUGACAGAAGAGAAGUCACGCGUGGAAACUUCCAGUCGUAUGUUUUUACACCGUGCGGGAUUGUAUAUUUGGCCUUAAACGUGCGAAAGUGACACAUCGGGAUCAUUUCCAGAAGCGUGUCCAAUGCGUGAAAAAGCAGCUGGUGCUUUGUGUCCCUCAGCUAAGGAGUCACGUUGUGAUUAAAGGAUUAGGAAAUUGACUGCCGGGACAAAUGAAUACAAAUGAAUUUAGGGAUCCGAAGGAGAGAUUGCAGAACCUCUCAAGUAACUACAAAGAGAGCCCUAAUUCUCUGUGCUGUUUUGUACUGUUCUUGUUACCUAGGACUUGCACAAGUACAUCCUGAAGAUGUGGACAUUCUUCAAAGGCUGGGCCUUACAGAAAAGAAAGCACAAACACCUUCAUCAGCUUCCCGUUCCAUUCCUCAGGGCGUUAUACCUUUCAAAUCUGGUGUUAUUUUCACUCAGCGGGCACGGAUUGAAGCACCAGUCAAGGCACUUAUUCCUGCCACAUUUGGCACGAACUUUGCUUUGAUACUGAGCCUUUGCUCUCACCGUAUUAAUAAUGCUUUUUUAUUUACUGUUAAAUCUAAAACUAAAAAACUGCAGCUGGGGGUGCAAUUUAUACCUGGCAAAAUUAUAGUAUAUUUAGGUCAAAAGAAAUCUGUAUAUUUUGAAUAUGAUAUUCAUGAUGGCCAGUGGCACAAUCUGGCCAUUGACAUCAGAGGCCAAAAGGUCACUUUAUAUACUUCUUGUGGGAAGCAACGUUUACAUGCAGAUUUGCAUUUUAAAAAGGAACAGAUUCUAGACCCAGAUGGAUCCUUCCUGUUAGGGAAAAUGAACCAAAAUUCUGUUCAGUUUGAAGGCGCUAUUUGCCAAUUUGAUAUUUAUCCUUCUGCCAAGGCAGCUCAUAACUAUUGCAAGUACAUUAAGAAGCAGUGUAGGCAGGCUGAUACAUAUCGGCCAAACCUACCCCCCCUUAUCCCUUUAAUAUCUGGAAAUUCAAAUAACAUUAUUACUCAUGUCACUCCAGUUUUGACAAGUGGGAAUGUCAAAAAAGAUUUUUUUAAAUAUUACUUAUCCUUUUACCAAUACAGGAAUGGGAUUCAGAUUUCAGCUAACACUCCAAAGCUCCUGACACCUAGUUUGACAACUGUGCAUCAAGGAAUUAGCAACCCUCAUUUACAGGUAACACCCCCACCUGUUACACUGAGAGCAGGACUACAGCCUCCUCUACAAGCAAGGACGCAGACAGUCACAAUGCCUCUCCGGACAAGCAGCUCACUCUUGAAGCCUGCUGUUGACAAAGGAAUGGGCAUAACCUCAGAGCAUGGCCAGAACACAUCUGAUAAAGCAAUCGCAGCACAGGAUAACAAAAAAAAAAUAAAAUAUAGUAGCACCAUUACCCCCACAUCAACCAAGCCAGCAAAAAAGAAGUUUACUUCCCAUCCUUCAGUUGUGGGAUUAGAGACAAGUUUGAAUCUGUCACAAGGACCUUCACCAAAAAAGCAACUGCAGCAACAACCUGGAAAAGUGAAAGGAACAACAUCUCGGAACACCAAGUCUACCACUUUCUUUGUACCAGUCACUCCACCAGCCACAGAUGGCUACCAGAAUUUUGAUAUGUUUCCAACUCAGUAUUCUCUUCUCACUGGGCCACCAGGACUGAAAGGAGAACCAGGACCACCAGGACCCCCAGGGGCAAUGGGAAAACCAGGACUGCCUGGGAAGAGGGGACCAAGGGGACCACCAGGUCCACAUGGCAAUCCAGGACGUCCAGGUUCCCCUGGUCCCAAGGGAAAAAAAGGAGAUCCUGGGCUAUCACCAGGAAAAGCACCACAUGGAGAAAAGGGUGACCCAGGACUUCUGGGUCCACUUGGAUUGCCUGGACCCCCCGGUCGAAAGGGCCAAAAAGGCUACCCUGGUCCACCGGGACAUCCCGGAGAACAAGGAGAACGUGGUCCAGAUGGAAGCCCAGGUGCCAAGGGUUAUCCUGGCAGGCAGGGUUUGCCAGGACCUGUAGGAGAACUGGGGCCUAAAGGAUCUCGGGGUUUCAUAGGUAUUCCAGGUCUGUUUGGAUUGCCUGGACCUGAUGGAGAACGAGGCAUCGCUGGCAUUCCAGGGAAGAGGGGCAAGAUGGGUAGGCCGGGAUUUACGGGUGACUUUGGGGAAAGAGGACCUCCAGGCCCAGAUGGAAACCCAGGAGAUUUAGGAUCCCCUGGUCCUCCUGGAGUACCUGGACUCAUUGGUGAUAUGGGGCCUAUUGGCCAAAUGGGAAUCCCAGGACCACAUGGACUGAAGGGGUUGACCGGAAAUCUUGGAGAACCAGGACUGAAAGGUGAUAAGGGUGAAGUUGGGCUUCCAGGAAUUCCUGGUGAAGUUGGAUAUCAAGGCGACAAGGGUAAUAUUGGGUUGCCCGGACUGCCAGGAUUGCGAGGUAAAGCUGGUCCAGCGGGUAAGCCUGGUGAUAAAGGACCUUCUGGUUUACCUGGUCCACCAGGCCCUGAGGGAUUCCCAGGAGAUAUUGGACCACCAGGACUCGAUGGACCUGAAGGCCCAAAGGGUAAACCAGGGGCUAGAGGACUGCCGGGACCCCGGGGUCUACCAGGACUAGAAGGAGAUGAAGGCCCACUUGGACCACCAGGGGUCCCAGGGCUUGAGGGCAGGCCGGGCAGAAAAGGAUUUCCUGGUAAACCUGGCCCAGAUGGUCCAAAGGGGGAACCAGGCAUAACUGGAAAAGUCGGCAAAGUUGGUGAAAUGGGUCUGCCAGGUUUUAUUGGACCUGUUGGAGAGAUUGGAAUUCCUGGUGAAAAGGGUGAUCGUGGUAUAAUGGGUGUCCCAGGACCUCCGGGUAUAAAGGGAUCAAUGGGUCACCCUGGAUUACCAGGUGAAACAGGACCCACAGGACCACCUGGCCCACCAGGUAUUAUUGGCUCUCGUGGACCAGCUGGCCCAAGAGGACCCAAAGGCAGGCGGGGUGCCAGAGGGUCUGAUGGUCUUACCAGGAGAGCUGGGAUCACCAGGAGGAAAGGGUCCAGAAGGUCAAGCAGGAAAACUGGGUUCAGAUGGACAGCAGGACCAUCAUGUAGUGAUAUCUCUAAUUUCCAAUUUUUUGCAUUUCAGGGAAAAAAUGGUGAAAAUGGGGAACGUGGUCUGCCGGGCUUUCCGCGUAUUGAACUCAUAGUCAGUAAUCAGGCUGAAAGUCAAAACCUACAACCAACAAUGUAUAAGAGGCCUAUUAAUAUUGAUUUAUUAAAAUGCUGUUCUGUCUUCUUCUUUAAAAAAAAUAUACAUUUGCUGAAUAUAUUUGUUCUUUUUCAUAAGGGACCAUCAGGGCCUCCAGGCAGUGUUGGAUCAUUAGGUGAAAUUGGACAUAAGGGUCCUCCAGGCAAGUUAGGUGGACCUGGUGUUCCUGGUGAACCAGGAGAGAAAGGUGAUGUUGGACCUGCUGGUAAUGCUGGAGAACAGGGCCUCAUUGGACCACGGGGUGAAAAUGGAGUAGAGGGAGAAGCUGGACCAUCUGGUCACGAUGGAACUAAGGGUGAAAAAGGGGAACCAGGUCCUGAAGGCGAAAAAGGAGAAAAGGGCAACAUCGGACAAAAAGGAAAGGAAGGUUCUCCUGGAGAUCCAGGCUUACCUGGAGUAAAGGGUCCUGAAGGAAAGCCAGGAAAAUCUGGAGAAAAAGGCAAGAUGGGUAGAAAGGGAGAUAAGGGUCAUCAGGGUCACCUUGGUGAAACAGGUAUAAUCGGAGAAAGAGGUAUCUCGGGAUUCCCUGGCCCAAAAGGAUCAAGAGGGUCACUUGGACCAAUGGGAGCCCCAGGUCGAAUGGGUGAACAAGGGGAACCAGGAAUACCAGGAUAUGAGGGACAUCAAGGAUCUCAAGGUCCAAUUGGACCACCUGGACCAAAGGGUGAUAAGGGUGAACAAGGAGAUGAUGGGAAGACAGCUGGGCCCCCAGGAGCACCUGGAGAUAGAGGUCCUUCUGGAGACAGAGGAGACAGAGGUGAAUCUGGAGAUACUGGCUAUCCUGGCUUACAAGGACCAGAUGGUGGGAGAGGUAAAGCUGGAGCCCCAGGUUUGCCAGGAGAACCUGGGCCUCCAGGACAUCCAGGGCCAAAAGGAUCCAAAGGGCAAGAGGGACAAAAGGGAAAAACAGGAAUUCAGGGUAAAGUUGGCAGCCCUGGACCUCCAGGUUCUGUUGGUCCACCUGGGCCCAGAGGAGUGGUGGGGCGUCAGGGUCAGGAAGGAAUCCCUGGUAUUGAUGGAAUUCAAGGGAAAGAUGGAAUCCCCGGCAUACGUGGUGAGCAAGGAGAUGAUGGUGAUCUAGGAGCUCAUGGGAAUCAUGGGCCUCGGGGAAAUGUUGGUUUACCCGGACUUCCUGGAGCUCAGGGAUCACCUGGAUUAAAGGGUGAAAGAGGUUUGCCUGGUCAGACUGGUCCCACUGGAAAACGAGGUCCUGAAGGAGGCAUGGGGAUGCCAGGGAAGCGAGGUGAUCCUGGUAUAAAAGGACAGCCUGGUGACACAGGGGAGCCAGGUUUUCCAGGCAUUCUGGGCAUGUUUGGACCUAAGGGGCCCACUGGAGACCAUGGACCUGCAGGUAUUCAAGGCCCCAAAGGGCCACAAGGACUAAUGGGUAAAGAAGGUGUAGUGGGUCCAAUGGGAAUAACAGGACCAAAUGGAAAUCCAGGACCGAAAGGAGACAAAGGAAGCAGGGGAGAAAUUGGACUACAGGGACCUAGAGGACCUCCUGGUCCACGUGGACCACCUGGACCACCGGGUCCACCAGGCAUUCCUUUCUCAAUUAAAAAUGAAGCCCUUGGAGCUGCACUGCAGGUUUUUAUUGACUCUAAUGCUGCACUCAGGACAGAGAAUUAUCAAAACCUAGACCUGCCAAUGCUAGACCAGGGAACAGAGAUCUUCAAGACCCUGCACUACCUCAGUAACCUGAUCCAGAGCAUUAAAAACCCACUUGGAACCCACGAUAACCCUGCUCGCAUUUGCAGAGAUCUAAAGGAUUGUGAGCAAAGGAUGAAUGAUGGUACGUACUGGAUUGAUCCCAACCUUGGGUGUUCAUCUGACUCAAUUGAAGUUACCUGCAACUUUACUAGUGGUGGGCAGACAUGUCUGAAGCCUGUCUCUGUCUCAAAGCUGGAGUUUGAUGUGGGACGUGUGCAGAUGAACUUUUUACAUCUCUUGAGCUCUGAAGCUGUACAGCACAUUGUAGUCCACUGCCUCAAUGUUCCUGUAUGGAAAGACGAGAAAUCCCAACAACCUUCCAAAAAUGCCGUUAAGUUCAAAGCUUGGAAUGGGCAAAUGAUUGAAGUGAAUGGAGAUUUUCAACCAGAUGUUAUUCAAGAUGACUGUUGGGAAACAGAUGGACGAUGGCAUCAAACGCACUUUGUGUUUCACACGCAGGAUCCUCAUCUGCUUCCCAUUGUAAAUGUGUACAACUUGCCAACAGCUAAAUCUGGAGCACACUACCAUCUUGAAGUUGGUCCAGUGUGUUAUUUGUGAAUUUCGAUGAGGCUUCAAGCUACGUGACUUGAUUCAGGGUUUGGAUCUACAAAGCAAUCCAGGCAGCCAUUCACAAGUGUUUCAAAGGAUUUCACGUGUGGAUCUGAACUGCAGUGAAAGUCAAAGGUUAACUUGACAAGGUUACAGUGACAGACAGGAGGAGAGGCUGAAGGACUGAAGACUCAUCUUCUUGGACCUCUUCUUGGAGCCUGUAAACACACAAGAAGGGUCUCCAAUGGCAUCUGCCAGGCAUCUGGCGCGGCCUUUUCUCCACCCACGCAAUCCAGUGAAACAAAGAGCUCCAAACGUGUCCAAAUCUAGACAACGCGGAGCUCCAUCUUUUAUUAUUUUAUAUAUUUUAUGUAAAAAAAUUCAUUUUAAGGUGCAAUAGAAAAGAUUUAUAAAAGACUUGUGAAAAAAAAAGAAUAUACAUUUUUCUGUAUUUCAUAACGUUUAGGUUAUUCAGGGGUUCCUUUUUGUCAUUUUUAUAUCUACCAAUGCAGCUUGGGUCAGUACCAGGUAGCUCAACAACUGUGUGUACCUGACAAUGUCCGUCACUUUUUAAAAUGUUAUAUAUUAAGUUAUAAAUUAUUUUAUUAUAUUUUAAAAGUAGAGUCAUCAAAUUGUUUUGAUCAUUGGCCAAGAGUGAACUCGCUAUGUCACAUGUCGACAUUCACAAGAUUUUCUUUCCAGCAGCGUUAUAGUCAAUACCAGAUCCCCAAUCUGUGUUAGAAUGGCAUAGUAAGCAGGUUUUGUACUUUCUAAAAGCAUUUAAACAUUCAAAGCUAGUGCUUAAGAAGGGGUCACUCAAGGGGUCUUACACCCCAGAAUCUGUCUACCUCCCAUUUCUUUUGGUGCUCGAUGUUUGUGUUACUAUAAACUGGUGCUGCAGCUCACACUCCAGACCUGAAAAGGCCCAACGCCCGUCCAGCCUUAAAAACACAAAACAACGGGGGACUCGCUCUGUGAUGGGACGCGUUCUUUAUGCUGCCGAAGUGUACUUUACAUUCUUUGUACAAUUUCAAAGAAAAUCUGUUAAAAAUUGGAUCUUUUGUACAAAUCUCCCCUACAGCUGUAAUUAUUAUCUAUAAAAUAGUUUUAUUAGUGUGCUUUUGUUGUCUGUUGACAAAAAUGUGUAUAAUUGUGCAAGCUUUGUUGUAAACAGUGGAUCCCUACCUGCUAAUUUAAUUUUAUUUAAAUGUUUAUAAAACGUGGUUGUGAUGACCUAGGAAUAUUUA